UGGUGUAAUGUAGGUGACUUUAUAUAGAUAUAUGUGUGUGUGUGUGUAAAAAGGUGGUGUAAUGUAGGUGACUUUCUCUCCAGCCGGACUUUGAAGUGGGUUAGCGGUCACGUGACCAGAGCAGUUAUAUAAUAAGUAGGUCAACACGUUCCUGGCUGGCACGUGCAGCCCUCGCGCUUAUGUAAAGUCUCGUGCGAGGUUCUCACAUUACUAUGUAGGUGAGGGCCACAGAUCGUCUAAUGCAGCAGAGAACACUCACUUGGACUUUCGCCCUACACUCUGUCCCUGGACGGUAACAUUGAUCAUAGUUCCCUUUAGAAAGGUGUCAUGGUCGCAGUGUGAAGUACAAUGUGUCUUUAAUCCACCCCGAACAACUCACAUGACUCAAUCGAGUGGACAAAAUGUCAUUUCUAUUUGAUUUCAACUCCAGCGCUUACAUGUCAGAGUGAGACAUCUUCUCAUCGUCUAUGACACUCUUAUGAAGACACGCACGACACCGCCCACUGACGCGCUUAUUACCUCAUUCAAACAUGGUUCUCUUAUCUGCUUUAAACAUGCUUUUGGAUUAUUAUGUAUCUUCUUUUUGAUUGAUUGAUACUUUUAUUAGUAGAUUGCACAGUACAGUACAUAUUCCCUACAAUUGACCACUAAAUGGUAACACCCCAAUAAGUUGUUCAACUUGUUUAAGUCGGUGUCCACCUUCAUCGAUUCAUGGUAACAUGCUUUAAAACAUGCUUUUGUAUUCUCUAUCUUCUUUAAAGCAUGCUUUUGUAUUCUCUAUCUUCUUUAAAACAUGCUUUUGUAUUCUCUAUCUUUAAAACAUGCUUUUGUAUUCUCUAUCUUCUUUAAAGCAUGCUUUUGUAUUAUUCUCUAUCUUCUUUAAAAAAAAAUUUAAGUAUUGAUGUGAAUCUUCUUUAAAACAUUUGAAGUACUGAUGUGAAUCUUCUUUAAAACAUUUGAAGUACUGAUGUGAAUCUUCUUUAAAACAUUUGAAGUACUGAUGUGAAUCUUCUUUAAAACAUUUGAAGUACUGAUGUGAAUCUUCUUUAAAACAUUUGAAGUACUGAUGUGAAUCUUCAUGAUGUGCGUGUUAGUCAUAGAAGGAGCGUCCAUUUGUUUUUAUUUAGUGAGUGUGUCUUACAAUCCCAAGACGUGGACUGAUGCGGCGUUCAAGGGGAAUUGGAACAAUGUAGACGGGACGUCACGUGCAAGUGUGCCGGCUAAUUCCAGGCGGGGAAUAAAGCAGCGGAGUGACGUCAUCAGGCGGCCAUGAAUGAAAGACUAAAAGCGGGAGGAGGAGACGACAUGUUUCCUGAAGGACGCUCACGUUUCUGGUCCUCCGCCUCUCUAAAACAAAUAUAUACGAGGGGAAAUGAUGUCAAUUAUACAACUUGGCGGCGCUCCUCCUGUCUCCUUUACUGCUUUAGUCUGCUGGCUUCUCCACACUUUUGCAGUCUGUCUCCUCCACACUUCUUCAGUGUGUCUCCUCCACACUUCUUCAGUCUGUCUCCUCCACACUUUUUCAGUGUGUCUCCUCCACACUUCUUCAGUGUGUCUCCUCCACACUUGUCUCCUCCACACUUGUCUCCUCCACACUUUUUCAGUCUGUCUCCUCCACACUUCUUCAGUCUGUCUCCUCCACACUUCUUCAGUCUGUCUCCUCCACACUUCUUCAGUCUGUCUCCUCCACACUUUUUCAGUGUGUCUCUUCCAAACUUUGAGUGUCUCCUCCACACUUUUUCAGUGUGUCUCCUCCACACUUCUUCAGUGUGUCUCCUCCACACUUGUCUCCUCCACACUUUUUCAGUCUGUCUCCUCCACACUUCUUCAGUCUGUCUCCUCCACACUUUUUCAGUGUGUCUCUUCCAAACUUUGAGUGUGUCUCCUCCACACUUGUCUCCUCCAAACUUUGAGUGUGUCUCCGCCACCCUGGUCUCCUCCACCCUUGUCUCCUCCACCCUGGUGGUCCUGCACAUGCUUGGGCAUCCGGCCCCAGAGAGCAUGUGUGACGGCGGCUCAGAAGGGACAUCACACCGCGGCGCAGGUGGCACCGUGGAGGAGGAAGGACCCGACCCAACGGCCGCCGACCUGCCAAGGAAGCGCAAAGGUGAUUUGGACGAAAGAUCAGACGCUGUCCUACACCAUGGUCUUCACUUGGAUAUGGAUGGCAUUGUCACCAGGUCUGAAGGAGAGGACCAACAGGCCAAAAUGCAAUGCUUCAGGCAGCCUCACCGGCAGAUUGAGAAGCGUCGGCGAGACAAGAUGAACAACCUCAUCGAGGAGUUGUCCGCCAUGAUCCCCGCGUGUCAGCCCAUGGCAGCAAAACCGGACAAGCUGAGCGUGCUGCGUAAAGCCGUGCAACACCUGAAAGCGCUAAAAGCCGGGUCAGGCAGCACCUUUGCAGACGCUGGCCGCAAGCCUCCCAUCCUGGGUCAUGAGGACCUCAGGCACCUUCUGUUCAGGGUUGCCGACGGUUUCCUGUUAGUUGUGAGUUGUGACCGGGCGAAAAUGUUGUUCAUCUCCGAGUCCGUCUCCAAGAUCCUCAACUUUAGUCGGGUGGAGUUGACCGGGAAAAGUUUGUUUGACUUCCUCCACCCUAAAGACAUCAGCAAGGUGAAGGAGCAGAUGUCCAACUCUCACCUCAUGGAUGCUGCCACUGGGGUCCAAGCGGAUGUUGCCGUGUCGCAGCUGUCCAGUGGAGCCAGGCGCUCCUUCUUCUGCCGCAUGAAGCGGAGUGGGCUGGAGGCGCGGCACAAGGUCAAGGUCAAGGACAAGUGGCCAUUGCCAACUACUUCCAUUAAAAAAGACUCCGUGAGAUACUGCACCCUGCACUGCAGUGGCUACAUGCGCAGCUGGCCCAGGAGUGAUCUGGACUCUGAGUCGCCCGCCUCCCACCUGACCUGCCUGGUGACCAUGUGUCGCCUCCAAGGACACGGUGCCCACCAAGUGCCCAAAGGCGUCAAGGUCAAGCCCACCCAGUUCGUGGCUCGCUGUACGAUCGACGGCAAGUUCACUUUCAUCGAGCAACACUCAACCACUGUCAUCGGUUAUCUACCCCAAGAACUUUUGGGAACAUCAUGUUAUGAAUACUUUCACCAGGACGACUUGCAGCAGCUGGCAGAGAAACACAGGCAAGUCCUGCGCAGCAAAGAAAAGAUCGAUACCAAGUGCAAGUUCAAAACCAAAUAUGGCUCCUAUGUUUCACUCCAAAGUCGGUGGUUCAGUUUCACCAACCCCUGGACCAAAGAAGUGGAAUUCAUUGUGUCUUUAAACAGAGUCAUCUCGGGGCCAGGUCCCACCAUAGAUGAUGAAGCAGCAAGCAGCUCAAUAAGUCAUCAGGAAGAGAGCAAACACCUGCCCAUAGUCCCGGGUCUGACCAGUGGUGUGGGCAAGAUGAUCUACGCUGGCAGCAUCGGGACCCAAAUUGCAAAUGAACUGCUGGAUGCCUCCAGGGCCAACUGGUCUCCCCACAGUGGUGUGUCCACUCUCCUUGGAGCCCCCCACAGUGGUGUGUCCAGUCCCCUUGGAGCCCCCCACAGUGGUGUGUCCAGUCCCCUUAGAGCCCCCCACAGUGGUGUGUCCAGUCCCCUUGGAGCCCCCCACAGUGGUGUGUCCAGUCCCCUUGGAGCCCCCCACAGUGGUGUGUCCAGUCCCCUUGGAGCCCCCCACAGUGGUGUGUCCAGUCCCCUUGGAGCCCCCCACAGUGCACCAGCCUCCCCACAAGCCAGCACACAUCUGUCCAGCAGAGAAGAAGAGGAAGCAGGCAGUUCCUCAGAGUCCAGACCAGACCUGGUCCCCAGCAUGUCGGACUGCACAGGUCAGUCCUCCCAGCAGGACUUGGACAGCAUGCUGGGACCCGGUCUGAGCGCCUUCAGCAGCGACGAGGCGGCCAUGGCGGUCAUCAUGAGCUUGCUGGAGACCGACGUCAACAUGGGCCAAUCAGGGGACUUGGAGGACUUACAUUGGCCUUUCUAGUCCAGUCACCUGGAGGACUUACACACUACUUUCUAGUCCAGUCACCUGGAGGACUUACAUUGGCCUUUCUAGUCCAGUCACCUGGAGGACUUACAUUGGCCUUUCUAGUCCAGUCACCUGGAGGACUUACACAGUACUUUCUAGUCCAGUCACCUGGAGGACUUACACAGUACUUUCUAGUCCAGUCACCUGGAGGACUUACAUUGGCCUUUCUAUUCCAGUCACUUGGAGGACUUACAUUGGCCUUUCUAGUCCAGUCACCUGGAGGACUUACACAGUACUUUCUAGUCCAGUCACUUGGAGGACUUACACAGUACUUUCUAGUCCAGUCACCUGGAGGACUUACAUUGGCCUUUCUAGUCCAGUCACCUGGAGGACUUACACAGUACUUUCUAGUCCAGUCACUUGGAGGACUUACACAGUACUUUCUAGUCCAGUCACCUGGAGGACUUACACAGUACUUUCUAGUCCAGUCACCUGGAGGACUUACACAGUACUUUCUAGUCCAGUCACUUGGAGGACUUACACAGUACUUUCUAGUCCAGUCACUUGGAGGACUUACACAGUACUUUCUAGUCCAGUCACUUGGAGGACUUACACAGUACUUUCUAGUCCAGUCACCUGGAGGACUUACACAGUACUUUCUAGUCCAGUCACCUGGAGGACUUACACAGUACUUUCUAGUCCAGUCACUUGGAGGACUUACAUUGACCUUUCUAGCCCAGUCAUGCUCAUUUGGGGGGACUGGAGGACUCACAUAGGCCUUUCUAGUCAUGAAGUGAGGGUCAAGUCCCUAUGCACUAUGGACUGAGGCAUCAUGGGAGAAUGAAGUGUCGACCUGGGACAGUCGUCAUGAUUCAACAAUCCAUCCUUUUUCUACUGCUUGUCCCUGACAGGGUGGCAGGGAAUGCUGGAGCCUAUCCCAGCCGCACAUGGGCUAGAACAGUGGUCCCCAACCACCGGGCUGCGGCUCGAUUUGGGAAAAAAAUAAAUAAAAAUAAAAAUAAAAAAAAUAUUUUUAUAUUAAAUCAACAUAAAACACAAGAUCCACUUACAAUUGUGCACCAACCCAAAACAACCUCCCUUUUUCAUGACAAAAACAAAUAAAAAUCCCCCCCGCCGGGCCGUGGGACAAAUGAUCAAGUGUUGACACAGCUACAGAAAGGUUGGGGACCACUGGCCUAGAAGGUGGGGUACACCCUGGACAAGUCAUCACAGGGCCAACACAGACAACAUUCACACUCUAGGGACCAUUUAGUCUUGCCAAUCAACCUAUCCCCAGGUUGGAGGUGGGAGGGGCCUAUCCCCAGGUGCAUGUCUUUGGAGGUGGGAGGGGCCUAUCCCCAGGUGCAUGUCUUUGGAGGUGGGAGGGGCCUAUCCCCAGGUGCAUGUCUUUGGAGGUGGGAGGGGCCUAUCCCCAGGUGCAUGGAGGUGGGAGGAAGCGGGAGGGAACCCAUGCAGUCACAUGCAAACUAUGGACUCACCAACUCAGCUUCUCCAGUCAAACACAGCUUCAUGACAAACAAUGGAAGUCUGCUCUAUAAAGUGACAAAAUAGUCAUGUACUUUAAAAUGGGUCAGCACAAUAUUUCAGGUGAAAACAAGGUUUAAAAACUACUUUGAGCAGAAAUGUCAUCGACCUCUCAUGUCCUGUCUCCUGGCUACUUCCUGCUAGCGGCUUAUAAGCACCACCCAUUGGACCGCGGCGGUCACGUGACAAGGGAGGAGUGCAAAGAGUUGCCAAAGAGUAAACAGAGCAAGAGCAUACCAGUCACUUCCGGCUACCGGUAUAUACCUGCAGCUGAUUGGACUGUGGCGGUCAUGUGACUAGGAAGUGUGCAAAGAGUAAAUAGAAAGGCAAGAGCCUAAUAGUCUCUGCAAAUGUAUUUGACACCUGCGUUAUAUAAAUAUAUUGUUGGAGCCAAAUACACUUUCUGUCUGUCAAAUUGAUGACAUCACUAAAGGGGUUGGCUCCAAGGCUAUUGAGGGAGGAGUCAGGAUCUUGCUCAGGUGUUUUUGAGUAGAGGCGCAACACUUUUUGACUGCCAGGCUACUGUUUGUUUGCUCCCCUGUAUUUUCUCGUUUUGUACAAAGUGUGUUGUAUAAAUGGGACUUUAUGAAAUUAAAUAUUUUUGUUAAACAUGG